AAACCCCACGUUUUUUUUCCUCAGAAUUGCUGACUUGGUGAAGCAAUCAGGACAGGAUUGUAGCUGUGGUUGCAGGAGCUGCUGAGCAACGAUUUGGCCAUCACCUCCUCUAAACCACUGCUCCCACUGCUCCCACCGCCUUCAUGUGGGCCAAAGCUCACACCAGGAGCUGUAAGGAGAGCAGGAGCUUUGGGAAAACACCUUUUCUUGUGAAAUCAAACAAAAGCUGGAGCUGGCGCUGAGCCCAGGCUGGGCACCCUAAUUGGUAUGGCCCCUUCUGCCCAGAAGCAGAAGUGGCUGCGAGCAUUGGCUGUAGCAACGUGACAGCAAACCCCGUCUCCACCAGCGUGGAGCGGCACCGAUCAUCUGACCGGGUGAGCAACCUCCAUCCCACCGGGCUUGGAGGGACACGUGGAGAGGAAUGAGGGCAGAAGUAGCCGGGGGGGAGGUUGGACAACAGAGUCUUGCUGCAAGGGCAAAGGUGAAGCGGCAUGAUGAAAAUAGGCUGAAAACAGGGAGUAGGGGAAACAUCAGCCUUUUACCCACCACCGGUGAGAAUUGGCUCAGGUGCUUCUCCUGCCUCAUCCCAGCUCCUCCCUGCACUUGCCCUGUGGGGGGAAAAAACAGAUUUUUCUGGCCAGACAGGUCCCAAAAUUACACCUGGGAAGGAGGAGGAGGAGGGCUGUCCUGCUGAGUACAGCGAUCUUCCCUGAGCUCCCAUAAGGGAUGACUACAGCAAAAAAAAAAAAGUCUACAAAAAUGAGGCAGCCAGUGGGAAAGCAAAAGCUGGUGGUCUCAGAGGGACCCCAUGCCUGGGGAUGGGGGGGGACACCCAGGUUCCCCCUGUGUCCCCAGGCGCAGGGUCUCUCCGAUGCCACCAGUGGUUGUUGUUCAGGCUGAGGGAGCCAGGAGGGUUCACAGAUGGAGGGGACACCCCUCUCCCAGUGCAAACCCCAAAUCCUACUGAAUGCUUGGCAAAGGCUCAGGAGCUGUCCUUGCACACCGGGGAGCACAGCUCUACCUUUGCAGCCACAGCCAAGUGGGUUUUCCCACGUCAAAGAGCUGUGGCCACCAGCCUGAUGCUCAGAGACACAUCCAGAGGCUUCCUCGGUUGCUCCAUGGUGGCAGCUGAGAUCCCCAAAAUCCUACUUGAGGGUUGAACACAUCAACCUCCAGGAGCUGCCACCAGCUCUGGUUACUGGGGCUCCCAUCCUGACAUGGUCCCCUCCUUUUGGGGUGCUCACGGGAUGCUGGCAUUGACCGUGGGUGUGGGGUGGGAGCCCCUAAGACUGGGGGUUGCAGGGACGUGGCCCAGUGUACCGAGGGGCUGCAAACACUCUGGCUUUCCACCCUGCCCCUCUCCUGCCUGCAAAAGGAGACGAAGCCGCUCAGAGCCCACAGCCCCCUCAAAGGGACCCCUGCCCAUCUGCUCCCCCCUCUCUGCUGGACCAAGCCCCCAGCCCAACCUCCCCUGCCACCAUCCCCCACUGUUCCCAGCUCCUGAAGCCACUUAUCCCAUCCCAUGCUAUCAUCUGAGCUGCCUGAGCAAAGUCCAGGGUGGCUCCCACAGGCUCCAGGGAUGCUCCUGAUAGCCCUGCCAGGCUUUUGUUCUCAGCCCUAAGUAAUUACCGGCAGGAACGCAGAUAAGGAGUCCCGGGGAGGUGGGUAAAAGGUAUUGGGGGAUCCUGAGCAAGAGAAGAGGCCAAAAGUCAAUCCCAAAGCCCAGGGGACGAAGGGAGCCUUGUUCUCUUUCCUCUAUCGGAGUCCGAGCCGGGGAGUGCCUGGCAGAGCCCCAGAGCCGAGGGAAACGCCGUGACAUCCCAGCACCCGCCCGUGGCUCCUCCGCCGGCUCCGGCAGGAUCUCGGCCCCUUUCUGCUGAUGUCACGGUGCGGGGCCCCACAGCCGCCUUCCCCGGGCGGCGAGCAGGCGGGAAUCAGCGCCGGAGCCGGCCGCCCUUUCCUGGAUCCUCCUCUUUCGUCUCUUCCCUCCCCGGGACGCAGGCUGGAAAGGAGCCGAGAGCCUUGGCCGCCCGGCAGACGGAUGCCCCGGCAGGGCUUGUCCAUGGAUGCCAGCAAGAAGGUGGAUCUGAAGAUAAUUAUCAUAGGAGCUCUGGGCGUGGGCAAAACCUCCCUCCUGCACCAGUAUGUGCACAAGACUUUUUACGAAGAUUACCGCACCACGCUGGGCGCCAGCAUCCUGACCAAAGUCCUCGCAGUGGACAACACCCCCCUGAAACUGCAGAUCUGGGACACAGGGGGACAAGAGCGAUUCCGGUCCAUGGUGUCAACCUUUUACAAAGGCUCGGAUGGCUGCGUGCUGGCCUUCGACGUGACAGACAGGGAGUCAUUUGAGUCCCUAGACAACUGGAGAGAUGACUUUCUGGAGAAGGUCAUCCCAAGGGAGCAAGAUUUCCCCAUGGUCGUGUUGGGGAACAAAAUAGACAUCUGCGAUCGGCAGGUACCCAAGGAGAUUGCCUCAACCUGGUGCAAGGAGAAAGACAUCCCUUAUUUUGAAGUCAGUGCCAAGAACAACAUCAACGUUGCAGAGGCUUUCGAGACCCUCGCAAAGCAGGCGUUAACAACGCAUAAAGGAAUUUUUGAGAGCUAUUUAACCGACUCCAUCAAACUCACUCCCAACGACAAGCCCAAGAAGAGCUGCUGCUGACCCCGGGCACUCUGCCACGCUCCGGGCUGUCCUGUGCAAACACGGUCCAGGUGUGCUGGACCCCACGAUGCCCAAGGCUGGAGCCCUGCCCGGGGGGUCCGUGCCCCCCGUCCGCCCCAGCCUGGCCACAGAGGCUGGCCAAGCCAGGGCACAGGAUGGCCGCUGCUCGACGCACCGGGUCCGGCUGGCUGCGCAUCCCAGGACUUGCCGCUUCCCACGUCUCUGGAGCUGCUCUCCCAAACCAGCAGCCUCCCAAAUGGCCGCUGCGUCACAGUGGCCUUGUCCCCCUCGAUCCGCUGCCGUCUGGCACCCGAGCGGGCGAUCCCCCUGCGGUGACGGUGCCAGGGAGCUGGUCGGUGCUCCUGAUGCCUUUCCAGAGACCACGACCUUGGCCCCAUGGGUGACCCUUCCCCACGCGUGGACUGGUGUCCCCACGGCACUCACGGUGCUCACGGUGCGUAGGGGCUGUCCUGGGGGGAGAAGUGGGGCUGGUGGCCACGGCACAGGCGUGAGAGCAGCCGGGUCCCCUCCCGGGCUCAGCCGCUGUGGACGUAACCAUUCCGUGCCUCAGUUUCCCCUGCUCUCAUGCACACCCCCUGUCAAACACCUUCCACCUCCUGCCUCACUGGUGAGGAUGCUCUGUAAAGCACUUUGUCAGGGAUUCUUUUUUUUAAAAAAAGGAAAUUAAAUAUUUCAUUUUUAUUUAUA